AUUUCUCCUCUGUUGGAACGAUGGUUUGGCCUUUAAUAAUGGGAGCAGCUCGAGUUUAUGCUCCCUAUAUCGUUUUACCGGUUGCAGUGGUAGUGGGGAGUGUCGGCUAUUUCAUCGAAUCUCGAGUCCGGAAAAAUGACAAGUGGAAUAAAGAAAAACCCAGCACUCUCCAAGAACGAACAUUGAGACAACUUGAGGCGCUGGAGGAUCCAACAAAAGUACAGAGUUUAAAAUACAAAGAAGGGAUUCCAACGACUAUGUUUGAAAGAAACCAAGGAUACAAAACUGGUUUUACGGGAAGGUCACUUGAGCUUGGAGAAACGUCCGGUGAAAAGAACACCCAAUCUUGAUUUAUAUUUUGUUAAAGAUAUUUGAUCGACUGCAAUCGGUUGCCUGGGGGUAAAAAGCUUGCAAUUAUUCAAAAAAGGACGCAUUCAAGUAGGGUUUAUGGAGUUUUAAUGGGGAAAUGAAGCAAUACAGUUGGGUAAUUAUUGCGAAAACGUCCUUCAUACUUACUGUAUAUUGAAUCAUUUUGCUUCCUUACUAACGCGUAAGACUGGAGACUAGUAAUUUCCCUGCUCUUGCACAGAAUAAAACAAUAUGCGCUGCUUUUCAAAUUGCCUUGUAUGGGGGCAACAACAAAACAAGAGUCAGGAAUGGAAGAAGCAACCAUGAAACAGCUAGCAUUCUCUCAGGAUUCAUUGUUAUGCUGGCAAGCCGUGCAAGUGAGUGUGGCAAACACAUGAGGGAGGAGACAGGUUUGCUUUACUUGCUUGCAUAACAUACUCGCCGUGCAACAAAUCCUGGAGACUAGAGACUGCCAGCAGCCUAUAAAAGCACCAUUGGAGAAACAACAAUGAGACAGCUCAGCUAGAUUCAAGAGAACAUGAGAUCAUGAGAAAAGUGGCAGUUGAGGUUAAAGUAAAGUGUUUUCCACUGACUUUUUCGACGGGAAAUCGAGAAUAUAAGACUGGUUAAGAACAAUAGGCCAGUGUUUGCACAUCUCCAACAUGACCAAUGCAUGCAGCAACCUCAAUGAUUUUUCUCAUACAUCAUCAAAAAAAAAAAAAAACAAGAACAGUACGAGAUAUCUAGGAAUGAGCCAAGUGUAGGGGUAGAUACUGUCUUGGAUUCACAGACAAUUUUCUUUGGAAACAGGUAACCUGGUAAUUUCUAAGGAAGCAUAUGACAAGUGCUUCAAAGUACAAGAGGAAGGGAGUACUCAGAGGAUGCAAAUGGCCUAUUCUGCCCUUUCCCCUUCCAUUUUGAAGCUGUGUUAUGUAGCUGAGAGAGUUGCAUGUUACUUGUUCAUGUAGCCGGUCACUUCACCUUGCUGGUACCCUUUAUCCUUGGUAUGCUACUUCUAGCCUCCCAUGCAAACGCCUUAUGACGUCUCCAUGGAAGGCUUAAGACGGAGUCCAUCAGGAAAUUGAGUAAUUUUAAUUUUCAGUGGACCA